CUGCCAUAGGCAGUGGGUUUUCCUUCACCCCCCCCUCUCUCUCUCUCUCUCUCUGCAUUUCUGUUGAUCAGGUUGGCUGUCUAUUCAUUUCUCAUCGCUCUUUCUCCCUCUCUCUAAUAGUAAGAGUAAUACGUAAUACAACUAUUUAUGCACUCGCGUUUUUCCUUCUUUGGUCUGUUCUCUGUCCUGAAUUUUCUCGCUUUCCAAACGGGCUCUGUAUUAAUCAUUCAGAAAAAAUAUCUGGUUUGUUGUAAACCAAAAUAGUUUUUGUUGGUUUAGGCUGGGUUCUCGAUCUCUACAUAUGCUUCUGGAAUUCCUGUGGAUUCAUUCAAGGAGUAUUUUCUAGGGUUUUCUGCCGAUGCAACUGUGGGUCUGAUUUCCAUGCCUACUCUGGCGGUCUGGUCAAUGCUAUUUUGAUGGGGAGGGCAGAGAAUAUUUUUGUUCUAGAGGGUAAGGAUGAAGGCGGCGUCCGUGGUGGGGAGUCAGGAAAAUAGAAGUGAGGACCCCAUGUUUUUGGAAAUGGAAACUGAAAUAAAUGGGAUUGAUAGUCCGAGGAGUGACUUAGAGCAAGGAGAGAGAAGUAAUGUGGUGUUCUCUAGAGAAAGGCCUCUUGUAAUGAAAGAAUCCAGAUUAUCCAGUGGUUGUUGUUGCAGUGUCAAGAAGCUUAAAUCCAGGAUGAUUGCAACAGAAUCUGAGGUUGGAAGCCAUGAGAGAUUGGGGCAGGAGAAGAAGCUCAGUAGACAAGACAGGAUUGAGUUGGGUCGGUCGUUUCAGGGUGCUGUGAGUUCUCAUGAUUGGGAGCAUGCAGAGAGUUUGAUCUUCUUGGCAGAUCCACAAACCCUUAAUGAUGCCUUGUGCAUAACACUGGACUCCAUCUGGUUCCUGAGCACAAAGCAAGAGCUUCAUGGGAUAACGGGAUUGAUUAAGAAGAUCAUUUCAAAUGGUGCUUAUGACUUUACAAGAGCUGCUUUGAGGACUUCAUUUCUUGCUUCAUGCGUCUCUGCCUGCCAGAGCCGAACAUUGAGUCUUGCUGAUACAGUGACUGUGAUGGCUCAAAGGUUGCAUGAGCGUCUGCAGGAGUGUAAUGGAGAUGAGGUCUUGAAGGCAGAAGCUGGUGCUAAGGUUCAAAAGUUUACUGAAUGGGCUCUGAAAUGUAUAGGUUUCCAUUCACGUUGCCAAGGCAAUAAGGAUAGAGUGAGUCACAGCUCAGCUGUUGAGAUCCAACUCCAGUUAUCUGGUUUCAAGACAUUUUUAGAUCUUGCUGGCAACCAACUUACUGGGAAGGACUUUACAGAGGCCUUUGAUGCAGCUUGCUUUCCCCUUACCCUCUUCUCUAGCUCAUUUGAUCCUGGGUGGGCAACUGGGAUAUCAGCAACUGCAAUCCAAGGAUUGCUGGGCGUGUUGGUUGAGGGUGGUGCAGACAAUGUCAAUCAGUGUUUCCUUGAAGCCUCACGGUUUGGGAGCACAGAACUUGUGCGCAUUUUAUUGCAGAUUGCCCAAAGAAACAGCCUGGAUGUUGAUGUUGACCUUGCUUUGGGUUUUGCCUCCCACUACUGCAAGAUCGGCACAAUGAAAUGUUUGGUGGAAGAGGGUAAUGCCAUUGCUUUCUUGGGCCCUUUGAUGAGAGCUGCUGAGAGGGGUUGUCUGCAAGUUGUUGAGUGGUUUGUGAAAAGGCAAUGCCGAGACAUGGAGCUUUGUCUUGCCCUCACAGCUGCCACUUCAAGCAGUCAAGUAGGUAUUGCUGCCUAUCUUCUCCCUCACGUUCCUCAGCAUGUCCUUGCAGCACUCAGCAUCGAGAUUCUCAAGGCUGCUGGUGAACGGAGUGGUGGGUCCCUUGAUGGUGUAGCAUUUCUCCUCCGCUCAGACUUCUUGGGUGAUCCAGCAGCUACCUAUGCUGUUGCAGACAGUAUUGCAAGGUCUGAUGAUGAGGCUGUAGCGCCUGAGCUAAGGUCAUUUCUUCAAGAGAAUUGGUCAGAGGCAGCUUUCUUGGAUGGACAAAGGCAAGGACAAGAACAUUACAUGAACCUUGUGAGGAUUUUGAAGUGGGGUGGAUCUCCUAUAUGCUUAAGAGAUCUUCCAGGCCCUCUGAGGGUGGCAAUUGCUUACCUGCCAGUUUAUAGGGAAUGUAUCGAGGCAGGUGGCUUAUUGAUGUCCCAGAGGCUAAGAGGCCAGUUUGUUGAAGCAGUUAAAAGGCUUGGAGGAGGGGUGCUACAAGAGGUGAACCAGGGCAGAGAACUCCUGGCUGUUUUGGAGCAUCAUCUUCCUCCAUUUUUGGCCCAAGAUUUUGCCCGCGGAUCUAUAUGAUUUUUGCCUCCCCCUUUUUGGUUCAAACCUAUAUGUUGUGCCAUAGAUGGUAAUAAUAUGUUCUCGUGCUGAGGUCUUAGUGAUGGAAAUUAUCAAAGGUUUGCCAAUUUUCUGCACAAUUCAUAUUGUUGCAUGUAUAAUCUUAAAUAUCGAAUGUGCAAGUUGAUCCGUGGUGUAAGACACAGUUCAACCAUUCUCAAAGGUGUUGGAAAUAUAAUGCUUGUGUAUAUUGGCUAUAGCA